AUGGCAGCUAUGGCAGCUAUGGCCUCAGGUGAUGUUCAACUCACUGGUGAUGAUGAUGGCCCCACGGCGGAGUGUCCCUGUGGGUUGGGCCAACGGGAUGGCCCCUUUUCACAGGAAUUGGAAUUUGAGGGGCGAGCUGCUGGCGUUUUAGUGGGACACAGCAGCAACCUCGACAUCCAUACAUUAGAGGACCUGUUCUUAAGCUUGGACCGCGUCUUUGUUUUCCUCUUCUUCGCGGAGUGGUCUGUUCGAUUGUACGUCGAGAAGAAGAGUUUUUUCCUUGACGUGGCCAACCUUUUCGACACCUUCUUAGUGUUCGCUGGCCUGGUGGAUUUCAUCAUCACCAUCGUGGCCAUCCAGGGAGAAGCAGGUGCCUCACGGAGCAUUGUCGUGCUGCGACUGAUGCUCGCUUCGUAG